AUGGAUUUACGUGUCUCAUCCAGUCUUGCGUUGGCUUUACUGUGUGUAACCCUAUUCCCGUCUAUAUCUGCUGACUAUUGCACAAGCUACUGGGACAGAAACGGUCAAUACCAUGAUCUCAAGCAAUGUGGCUUUGAUUACUGCUGUGGAAACUGCUACCAGAAGUACUGCUGUUCUGACAGUAGUUACCGUCUAACUGCAGAUGAACAAAGACGCUGUCCUGAAAGGCCUGUCCAUGGAGGAGGAAAGUCAUUUUUUACCAUUCUGGGUAGCGUUUUAGGCAGUGUCUUCCCCGUCAUCACCUGUGUGGGUAUCGUAAUCUGCUGUUUGUGUCCUUGCUGUCUUCUCUACAAGAAAUGUCGCAAAAGAGGCAGCCGCGGGCAUCAAACUGUGGUAAUCAACCCACCCCCUCAGCCGCCUACCCCCUCUGGAUAUCCACAGCCCUACUACGGCGACCAGUACCCAGAUUUCCGGCUUUUACAGCUCCAAGCUGGCCCUGGAGCCACAGCACCACCACCACCACCAUAUCUGGAAGACAGUCCUCCUGGCAGCUCUGCAGUUCCAGUGCCUUAUGAUCAGAUUGCGCUUGCUCAAGGGCAGCCAGAGUACCCCUCCCAGUCUGACUUUGCACAGCCGCCCUACAACCCUUCUUUUAUCGGUUAUCCCAACCCCUGAAUUGGAUAACUUACUGGACACAAACGCCACAUUUUGAUCCCGACUGGACCAGCAUCCAGAAAUGUGACGUGUCCUGCAGAGACGUCAUUAUGUCUGUGAUUUACAGAUGUGUUCAUACAAGAAAAUACAGCUGCAGAGUCCAAAAUCAAAAACAGUGAAUAGAUUAGUCUUCAUUUGCGAGAUGUCUAAUUUAAGUUAAACUGGGAAAUUGGGAAAAUCUUUUUUUAUUGCAAUGUUUCCAUUUUUUUUUAUUUAGUCCAUGAGUAAUUCUAAAAUUGGUCGCUACAUAUUGUUGCUUUUUAUACAGGUAAAUCUUUUUUUUUUUUUUUUUUUGCCGAAUAUCGAAUGAUGCUCAU